CCACAAAUAGCGGCAUGGCCUGCUUAGCAGUUCAUUCCCACCUACUAUUUAUCCUAUUGGCUAAUUACGCUUGCCUUGGAUACUUUUUGAUUCUAUGUGAUCAAAGCAUGUUGCGCAGUUCUGUGAAUGUAAACUUUACUGCUAGUAAUGAUGGUAACGUAAGGAAUAUGGACUCAAAUGUAUCGGCAAAACCGAGCCCGAAUGACGCCAUAGGGGGAGUCAAGAUUUUCGCUUCGGCCAUACUUCAUUUCAUGGUUGUUUCUUGCUUGUUGGCCUGCAUAUUUAUGAACAAUUGCGAGAAGUGUAGUACAACUCUUCCACCAGCCAUUAUAGUCGUUGUGCUGAUUUUUUCAUGCCUUUUCAACGUUGUUGGUAUAGUCUUGCUUUUCACUCACCAAACAUAUAUACCGCACGAAAAAACUGCUUUACUAGGAGUCACUAUUAUGUCCUUAGUUAGCUCGGUAUUUAUAGUUAUGGUCAUUGCAUAUUUCAUAAAGGUUCCUCCAAGGCUUCUUAUUGUUAUUGACAGCCACGAAGCAAAUCGAUUGAGUCAAGCUAAAAGCCGAGAAGCCAAAAGCCGAGGAAGUAAAAACGGCAUUACGAAAGCGCUCGGACUAUUUCGGAAGUCAGUAUAG